AUAGUUCUAUAUAUAUAUAUAUAUAUAUCUCUCAAAUUCCCAGGCCCUUUAAUAUCUUGCAUUACAUUCUUUUGUGUCAGAACAAGUGUGUUAUACUUCAUACUUAGUAUAUACGUACGUGGGUACAACGUGCAAGUUGAUUAGAAUCUGAACAAUACUCGAGUGUGUUCACUGUUCACAUAGUAAGGGACAAUGGGUGAGAGAUUGAACAGCAGGAUCGCCCAUCUUCUUGGUCGAGCAUGUGCAAGAGACAAUGAAGUUCCACGUUCAAUGAUACAAAGGAUUCCUGUUUUAUUGAGUCAAAAUCCAAACUUUGUCAAGUACUGCACACCCAAGAUGAUAUCAUUUGGUCCCAUCCAUCAUGGUGAACAAAAUCUCAACUUGGGAGAAGAAUUCAAACAUCUUUGGGCAUCCCUCUACAUUGGAAAAUUCAGCAAACAAGUCCGUGUUAGCACGGAAGAAGGAGCCAAGUUGAAGCAUAAUAUUAUAGUUGCUGAAAUCAAGCAAUUGAGGAACAUGUUCAGCAAGGAUGUGAUUGGAAGCUACAAUGACGACGAACUGAGUUGGUUGUUGCUUGUGGAUGGAUGUGCAUUGCUGUAUUUCUUGGACAAUGUUGAUGAUCAGCAUCCAGAAGCACUGAAUCUAAAGCUUGAUCAGUUGAUGUAUACCUGGAGAGAUAUUUUGUUGCUGGAGAACCAGCUUCCAUUGACGUUGCUGAUGCUGCUAAGUGAUGAAAAGACGGUAUAUCACUUAGAGAAUAUACUGUAUAAUUUCGUAUUCAUGGGCCUUUUCAAGGGAAGUGAGGGGUCGGUAAUAAACCGCAAUGGAGCUAAACCGGUUCAUCUUCUUGAUUAUGUUCGCACCUUUUACACAUUCAGAGAUGAAUACAUAAUAAGUAUGGAUCCUCCUCUUCAAGAAGAAGGCCGUUGGCACAGGUACAAAAAUAUCAGGGAUCUUAGGAAUGCAGGGAUUCAUGUGAAGCUUAACAAGAGAGAAGAAUGGAAAUGGAACAGCGUGUCUUUCACCUCCAACUUGUUUAGCGGAGCAUUGAAGCUUCCAAUGAUGAUAGUGAAUGAUGUCACUCCUUAUUUCUAUCACAACUUGAUUGCAUUUGAGAUGUGCCCGGAUUUUCGCAACAACUUCGAAUUCUGUUCAUAUUUUUUCUUGAUGGAUUCCUUGAUAGACGAAGCCGAGGAUGUGAAGGAACUCAGGUUGGCCGGUGUCCUCCAAAACUUGCUCGGAAGUGACAAAGAAGUGGCCAAACUCUUCAAUGAACUAGGCCAUGAAUUGCCUGCUAAAAUGAUAUAUUCAAGUGAAGCAUCAAAUCAAUGA